AUGUCCCGUCCAACAGCUGUAUCAUCCCCUCCUACCACACCACCUACACCCUUCAAGUUCGAUUCGAUACCUGAUGCGAUAGAGGCUAUAUCUCAGGGCGGGUUCGUGGUAGUGAUGGAUGAUGAGUCGAGGGAGAACGAAGGUGAUCUUGUAUGUGCGGCUAGCAAGAUUACGACAGAAGGUAUGGCUUGGAUGAUCAAGUGGACUAGCGGGUUCAUCUGUCUUUCCCUUCCACCUUCUCGUCUCUCAGCCCUUUCGCUCCCACCUCUCCUUCCAACAUCCGGUAAAUCAGAAGACCCAAAGGGAACAGCCUAUCAUUUGACUGUCGAUGCCAACUCGUCCAAACAUCCCGUGUCGACUGGUAUAUCAGCACACGAUCGUGCGUAUACAGCCCGAUUGUUAGCUUCGCCGGAUAGUCAGGGAAACGAUCUGACUAGACCUGGUCAUAUGGUUACGCUGAGGUAUGCUCCGGGAGGUACGAGGAAGAGGAGAGGACACACAGAAUGUGCUGUUGAUUUAUGUUACCUAUCCAACCUCCCUCCUGCCGGUCUCUUGUGUGAACUUGUCCACCCCACGAAAGAAGACGGAUCGAUGGCUAGGAGAGAUGACUGUUGGAGAUUCGCAAGAGAAUGGGGAUUGAAAAUCAUAAGCGUUGAGGACCUAGCAGAGUAUGUGACAAAGCAUGGGAAGGGACUUGUUCCAGAGGCUGAGGAGCAUCAGGUGUAA